AUGCCUCAAGAUCUGCCCCCUACAAAAGCCACCGUCCUCAUUUCGGGCGAAGGCUCAAACCUCCAAGCUCUUAUUGAUGCUGCCCCUCUUAUGCCUCACCUUACAAUUGUCCGAGUGAUAAGCAACAAGGCGGGGGCCAAUGGUCUCAAUCGUGCUAAAGCUGUCUCAAUACCUACCGCAUACCACAAUCUCAUAUCGGGCAAAUAUUAUGCUGUCGGAGAGAAGGACCCAGCUGUGAAGGCAGCGGCCCGGGAGAAAUACGACGCUGAUCUGGCGAAAAAAGUCCUGGCAGACGAACCCGAUAUCCUAACAAUCGCGGAGCAUUAUGUCAUUAGUGAGGUGGAUCGCGGAGACCCCAUUGUGAUUCGCAAAAUCCAGUGCCAAACGCCAGAAACUUUGGACGAAUUGAAGACCAGAAUACAUUCCCAGGAACAUGAGCUUAUAUUAGAAGGCACACAGUUAGCGAUAUCUGAUCUGUGGAAAAAGAGGUCAAAAAGCGAAGAGCUUUCAUAA